UGAUGACGCAGGAGGAACCGGAGCGGAAGCGUGGGCGGAGUAAAGCAAAGAAGGUGACAAAAUGGCUGCGACCAUGAAGAACGUGGAUGAGAUUCGGAAUCGAGUAAUACUUGGAGAAUUUGGAGUGAAAAAUGUUCAUACGACAGAUUUUCCCGGGAACUACCCCGGCUAUGAUGACUCUUGGGAUAUGGAAAAAUUUCAAAAGAACUUCAGAAUUGACGUAGUGCAACUGGAUGAGAGCAGUAUGGAGUUUGACAUGGUGGGGAUAGACGCAGCUAUCGCCAAUGCCUUCAGGAGGAUCUUACUAGCAGAGGUACCUACAAUGGCCAUAGAGAAGGUGUUUAUCUAUAACAACACAUCCAUCGUCCAGGAUGAAGUCCUGGCCCACAGAUUAGGCCUCAUCCCCAUCAAAGCUGACCCCCGCCUGUUUGAGUACAGGAACACUGGUGAAGAGUUGGCAGAGGAAGAAGGAUCAGAAAUAGACACAAUUCAACUGCAGCUGAAGAUUAAAUGCAGCAGGAACCCCAGAGCCAGCAAAGACUCCUCUGACCCACGAGAGCUGUAUCUGAACCACAUGGUUUAUUCAAGGGACAUAAAGUGGGUCCCCAUUGGGAACCAAGCAGAUGUGUUUGCAGACUCCAGCAUUGGACCCGUACAUGAUGACAUCCUGAUAGCUCAGCUACGACCAGGACAGGAGCUGGACAUUCUUAUGCACUGUGUCAAAGGAAUUGGUAAGGACCAUGCAAAGUUCUCUCCAGUGGCCACAGCCAGUUACCGCCUUCUGCCAGAGAUCACUCUCUUGGAGCCAGUGGAGGGAGAAAAGGCAGAGCGUUUAAAACGCUGCUUCUCACGAGGAGUUAUUGACCUGGAAGAUGUUAAUGGGAAAAAGGUUGCGAAAGUAGUGAACAGUCGCCUGGAUACCUGCAGCAGGGAAGUCCUCCGACAUGAUGACCUGAAGAACAUGGUGAAACUGGGAAGAGUGCGAGACCACUUCAUCUUUACAGUGGAGUCGACUGGCAUCCUGCCUCCAGAUGUUCUGGUCACAGAGGCUGUCAAAGUCCUCAUGGCCAAGUGUCAGAGGUUUCUCAGUGAACUGGACUCUACUGACAUGGAAUGAAAUGACGACUGUGCAUGCCCAGACCCACCACAGAGGACCUGGUGUUGAAAUAUGCCACAGUGCCAUGCCAUAUAAGUGUUUGGAUGUGUGACAUGGCGCUCUCAGUGGAAUGGCUGUGUUGAGACUUGGCUGCAUUGAUAAAAACAACACUGUUGAUGUUGUCAUGGUUGAGAGACCUGCUUGUAAGUAUGUAUAUACUGCUGUCUCUAGUUUUUAUACCACUCUUGAGUUGAAGUUUUUUUCCUUAAAUAAACAUGCUGAAUUUAAAAAAAGCAAACCAAAAAUAUCUAAAUGUCCAGACAAUUAUUUUGUAUGGAUCUGUGCAUAACAUAAAACAAAAUAGAUAAUAAGACAUAAUGAAAAGCAUACAUGAUGAAUGUAGAAUAUAUGUUAUAUUCUUUCAGUUUAAAGACCUCAUAUAGACCUGAUUAUAUCAGUGUGAUCUCAGUUCACUGGCAGCCUGUGUCUGCUGCCAACAACUUCAGCUUCAUUUCUCACUAUUUUUGUAUAUUGCAAUCCUUGGGUGGGAAAAAAAAUACAGUAGAUAGAGGGAAAUGUUCUGCUGCUGGUCUUCAUAUAGCACUAUCUAGAAAGUUGACCCAGAAAAUAUUAAAGAACUUUUCAGUCCAGUUAUGAAAACAUUCCUCCCACUAAUCCCAUAUGCAUAAAUAAAGAUACAGAAAUGAAAGCCAGGUCUUAAUUUACUGACACAGGUAACUAGAAUGAAGCACAAUACUUACAUUGAUUUAAAAAAAAGAAGAAAAAGAAUUGUGCUAUUGACAUUAAAUAGCCUAAAGAGGUUAUGAAAGCUCUGAUACGGAUGAACAGAUUAUGUAUUUCUUGCUUGGUAACAGGUAUACAACAGGAGUAAAAAUUCAUUUUGCAACAUGAACAGUUGAAGGUGAGAGUUUUUUGAAGUAUGUUUGACAAAGCUGAAGACCAUCUUGUAUAGAUAUGUACAUAUAGAUUAAUAGGACAAAAUAUGAAUGAAAAGGCAUUCAUCAGAAGCAGGAGGUCUUGUAUGAUGAUUUCUAGUUUUUGUCGUUUCUUUGUGGGUGGGGGUGGGACCGUGAGCUUGUCAUAAUGCAGAUAUGCAUCACUUUCCUGCUUCAUGCCUACUUUUAAAGGCUGGUAGGUGUUUCUUCUAUUUAUUAAAGACAGACUCUGGGAAAUCGAUGUGGAUUUGGGUUUGAAGUCCCAAACCACUGAGCUGCGAUCAGAAAUCUUCAGCCUGAUUCAGGUGUUCCAAAAAUGAUCAGGAGCAGUGUCCAAGGCAGCAGAGUUUAUUUGUCGACAAAGAAACCAGAGAACAGUUCACAGUGCAUACAUGAUACACCUGAAGAGCUCCAAACUAUACUGACUCUUGUCCCUCUUUUUAUACAGCUGUGACUUUCCACGCCUCUUAGGUCAUUUUAUUGGUUUGUUAAAUAUACACCAUUAAACAUUGGUUUGUCUAACUGUC